AUAUCGAUAACAAGAACGAAAAUAAAUCAGUUCGAGACUCGCAAUGUAGCGAAUAUCUCUUGCGUUUGUCGAUCACAAUUGGUGCCCAACAUUUUCUUGUCGCCUUCAAGGUCUAUUUCUAACGUAUUCUUGAAACGAUGUAUAGGGCCAAAGUUAGAUCGGCCGGCGACAUAUUUAAGACGCGAAUUACCGCUCGAAACUUGACGACGAAAAAGGUGAUAGCGAUCCGACGCGAGGACCAGAGCGUGUGGGAGCGUCGCGCCCCCUUCUCCCCUCAACACGUCCGUAAGCUGGUCAAAAACGGCAUCAAGGUGAUAGUGCAGCCUUCGAAUCGUAGGGCGUACCCGAUGCAGUCGUACCUGAACGCGGGAGCCAUCAUCCAGGAGGACAUAUCCGAAGCGAGCGUAAUCUUCGGCGUGAAGCAAGCCCCGGUGGACCAACUCAUACCCCAGAAGACCUACUGCCUCUUUUCGCACACUAUCAAGGCCCAGGAGUCCAACAUGGCUCUGCUCGAUGCGAUUCUGGAGAAGCAGAUCCGCUUGAUCGACUACGAGAAACUGAUGGACGAAAAGGGGAUCCGGGUGGUGGCCUUCGGCAAGAUGGCGGGCAUCGCGGGCACCGUCAACAUCCUCCACGGGCUGGGGUUGCGACUGCUGGCCCUGGGACAUCACACCCCGUUCAUGCACAUCGGCCCCGCGCACAACUACAGGAAUUCCAGCAUGGCAAGGCAAGCCGUCAGGGAUGCCGGGUACGAGAUCGCCCUGGGUCUGAUGCCCAAGUCCGUGGGACCUCUGACCUUCGUGUUUACCGGGUCCGGCAACGUUUCACAAGGGUCCCAGGAGGUGUUCCAAGAGCUGCCCCACGAAUAUGUCACUCCAGAAUCGCUGCGUAAGGCGGCGGAACACGGCAGCCUGAACAAAGUCUACGGUUGCGAGGUGAGACGCAGGCACCACCUCGAGAGGGCAGACGGCGGAGGCUUCGAUCCCGUAGAGUACGAGGAACACCCAGAACGGUACAUCUCGACGUUCAGCAAGAAGAUCGCGCCCUACGCCUCCGUGGUGGUCAACGGGAUCUACUGGGCUGUAGACAGUCCAAAGCUGAUCACCAUCCCCGAUGCCAAGCAUCUUCUAAGGCCAGCGCACACCCCUUGGUUGCCUACAUCCAAAGGUGCGCCGGCUUUGCCUCACAGGAUGCUCGCCAUAUGCGAUAUUUCGGCCGAUCCGGGCGGCUCCAUAGAGUUUAUGAACGAGUGCACCACGAUAGACACUCCGUUCUGCUUAUACGACGCUGACAGGAACAAAGACACCAAGAGUUUCGACGGACCUGGUGUUCUGGUGUGUAGCAUAGACAAUAUGCCCACCCAGAUACCGCGCGAGAGCACCGACUUCUUCGGCGACCUACUGCUUCCGUUCACCUACGACAUCAUCCAAUCCGACGCUGUCCAGCCUCUGGAGAAGCACAACUUUUGCAACGUAGUCAACGGGGCGAUCAUCGCGAGCAACGGCAGCCUGACCGAAAAUUUCAAAUACAUCGACGAACUCAGAAGAACUCAAAUAAAAAGCAGACACAAAACGGAGACUACGUCGACGGACAAACACGCCCUCAUCUUGGGCGCAGGUCGCAUAGCGGCGCCCCUGGUGGAAUACUUGCACCGAGAUAAGCUCGUCGGUAUCACAGUGGCGUGCGAGAACACGGACCUGGGGGACAAGCUGGCCCGCGCCUACCCCGGCGUCGAGAGCGUCUACCUCAACGUCAACGAGGCGAGCAACGCCAAUCUGGAGGACCUCAUAGACCGGGCGGACGUGGUGGUGUCGAUCUUGCCGGCAAAUUUUCAUCCACGCGUGGCCAAAUCUUGCAUCAACCGCAAGACCCACAUGAUCACCGCGAGUUACAUGAGCAAGGAGGUGAGGGACCUCCACGAAGCCGCCUUGAACGCAGGCGUGACGAUCCUCAACGAGGUCGGUUUGGACCCGGGCAUCGACCACAUGUUAGCCCUCGAAUGCAUCCACGAGGCUAGCUCCGUGGGCGGCAGGAUCACCUCGUUCGAGUCGUUCUGCGGGGGCCUCCCGGCCCCCGAGUUUAGCGACAACCCGUUAAGGUACAAGUUCUCGUGGGCCCCCAAAAUGGCGCUGCUCAAUACGGUCGCCUCCGCCAGAUAUUUGCGCAAGGGCCAAAUAGUUGAGAUCAGCGAGGGCGGCGAGCUGAUGAGGGCCACCAAACAGCUCGACUUCCUUCCCGGCUUCAACCUAGAGGGAUAUCCGAACCGCGACAGCACCAGCUACACCAACCUGUACGGCAUCACCGAAGCUAACACGGUACUGCGUGGUACUCUCAGGUACAGCGGUUUCGCGCAGUCAGUUCGCAUGCUCCAGUUCCUGGGUCUCUUCGACCCGGAACCCCACCCGUCGCUCCACUCCCAAGGCCCGGAGGUCACUUGGAGGCAGCUCGUCUGCAUCCUGCUAGGUUUGGAGGACACCAACAUGUUCUACGACAACAUCAAGGGCAAGAUCACAGAGAGGACGGGCAGCGACUACGCCGUGGACGUGUUGGAGGAGCUCGGACUCCUGGACAACGAGGGCGUGGUCAAGUGCGGGUCGCCCCUGGACACCCUCACCCACUACCUGUCGACGAGGCUUACUUUCGGUAAGGAGGAGCGUGACAUCGUCAUCAUGAGACACGACGUGGGAAUCAAUUGGCCGGACAACAGGAAGGAAAUACGGGGGGUGAAUUUCGUAGUCUAUGGUGACAUAGCAGGACAUUCGGCCAUGGCAAAGACGGUCGGUUAUCCGACCGCCAUCGCGGCCAAAAUGAUCCUCGACGGCGAGAUACAAGAACGUGGGAGUAUUCUGCCAUUCCAACCGGAGGUGUACAGGCCCAUCCUGCAGAGGCUGCGCGCCGAGGGCCUGAACAGCACGGAAACUUCGAGGUUCUACUAGGUUAAGGCGAUUUUUUCUUUACCUUUUAUACUUUAUGAAUAUUAACUGUAUUUUUGAGUCAUUUGUUUUAUUCGCAAACCACAGACUACCUAACUGGAAAGGCUAAUUUACUGACUUAACCAACACCUUCCACAU